AUCCAUCCAAAUUCCAAUUUCUAAUUCAGUUACAAUUACAACAAUAAGUAGAGAGAGAGAGAUCGAGUGAGUUUGACGCAAACAGAAAAUGGUGAACUACUUGCUUAUGAUCAGCGGUGAGCUUGAGAAUUUGACCAAUCUUCAACCUCAAGGUGGCGUCGAUGACCCCAAUUUCUCCUAUUUCUUCAAGUUGAAAUGUGGAAGAUGCGGUGAAGUUAGCCAAAAAGAAACUUGUGUGUCUUUAAACGACACCGUUCCUCUCCCAGCUGGUAGGGGCACUACUCAUCUUGUUCAAAAGUGCAAGUUUUGUUCCAGGGAGAGCACUGUAACUAUGAUCCCAGGCAGAGGAAAACCACUCACCAAUGAAACAAGUGAAUCAGGGAAGUUUUCCCCACUGAUGUUAUUUGACUGCAGGGGAUAUGAGCCGAUAGAUUUUAUAUUCAGCACUGGAUGGAAAGUUGAGUCGCUGGAGGGAACAAAGUUUGAGAAUGUUGAUCUGUCAAGCGGAGAUUUUACCGAAUAUGAUGAAAAGGGAGAGUGUCCAGUCAUGAUAUCAAAUCUUCGUGCUACUUUUGAUGUGGUGAAGUAAAGAGAAACUAAUUUGAUAUAUGAAUAAUUUCUUGGUGUAUAAAUUGACUGUUCUCUUUUGGACGAAUGUUUGUAAUCCGGAUUACAUCAUAACAAGACGGUAAAUUUGUGGGAUCCUCUAGUCUUAACACUACACAUAAAUCCUGGAAUAUUUCUUGAAGGGGAUUUAACAAUUUCCAAGGCAUUGAAUUAGUUCACUUUGUCUUUCAAUUUCA